AUGGAUGACACGGAAUUCGAACUUCUGGAAACAAUCCUUUACGAUCCGCCCUCUGGUUUCUUUCUUCUGAAUCAACAUUUGGAACGUCUAACAAACUCCGCCUUAUAUUUCUCUGAAAAUUCAAAAUCUAAAGUUUUUAAGAAUUGCACGAGUUCGGAGUUUGGAAGCGUUGUCGAAAAAGAAUUACACCAAAGCGUUGAGAAGUUAGGAAAGGAAGUGAGACUGACGGUUAACAAAGAUGGAAUCAUAAAAGUCGCAAGCACUGUCCUGCCAAACUCAUCAUCUUCUGUUACCCCAGAACCGCUAAAAAUCGUUUUAGAUAAAAAAUACACUUCCUCUGACAAUAUCUUUUUGCGUCAUAAGACGACCAAUAGGAAAGCCUAUGAUGAUGCCAAGAUUCGAGCAGGUCUUCCGUUGCUUCCCGGCCCUAACCAAACGAAAGAUAAUAAUAUAUUUGACGUUUUAAUGUAUAAUGAAAAUAAUGAAAUUACAGAGUGUACAAUUUCUAAUAUUGCUGUGGAAUCCCGUGACCAAAGAUGGGAAACCCCGCAGAUUGAAUGCGGUUUAUUACCUGGUGUAAUGAGAGCCCACUUGAUGAAUAUUGGUGAAAUCACACCUAGUGUAAUUACCAUUGAAGACUUAAAAAUUGCACAGCAGGAGGGAAGAAGGAUAAAAUGUUUUAAUUCCGUCAGGAAAGAAUUUGAAGUUGUCCUGGUUGAACAAUAA